UUGAAGUUUACUUUUCGAGUGUGGAGGUGGUUUAAGAUUUUGGGAGGCGGUUCAAAAUGUGUUUAGAAAAUAUUAUAUACACAAUUUUCAUAAUUUGUGUAAUACAAAAUUUUCAAAUAUUAGAGGCUUCAAAACAAAAAUAUGUAACAUGUGGAUCAGUAAUUAAAUUGAUGAAUACAGACUAUAGAGUACGGUUGCAUUCACAUGAUGUGAAAUACGGCACUGGAAGCGGACAACAAUCGGUAACUGCCACCGAAGUACAAGAAGAUAUUAAUAGCCACUGGUUGAUAAAGGCGGCUAGUGGGAAAACUUGUCUAAGAGGAGAACCUAUUAAAUGUGGAUCAACUAUAAGGUUAGAACAUGUUGAAACAAAGAAAAAUUUACAUUCGCACCAUUUUCAAAGUCCUUUAAGCAGUAACCAGGAAAUUAGUUGUUACGGAGAUAACGGAGAGGGAGAUUCUGGGGACAAUUGGACUGUUAUUUGUACAGGUGAAUUCUGGCCAAGAGAUGACAGUAUAAUGUUAAAACAUGUUGAUACACAAAUGUAUCUCUCCACUUCGGGCAGAACAUUUGGAAGACCCAUAAAUGGUCAAAUGGAGGUAAUCGGACUUCAUUCAUCAACGGGUUCAGUACACUGGCAAGCUAUGGAAGGCGUAUAUUUGCAUGCGCCAGAUAUCGAUGCAAAACAUAUGCACUCGAUGCAUACCGAAUUGUAGACCAUUUUGUAUAGAACAAUUUUUGUACAUUUUCUAAUUUAUUUAAUAUUGUUUAAGUGACUCCAAUAAAAUAAGUCGUUAAAGAAAUUAUAACUUCUUUUUAGGAAAUUUGAAAGUAAAUAUUUAGGUACUAUGAAUUCCAGCAAGUUCAGAACUGAGCUAAUACUUGUGGUAGUUGUUAAUACAUUGUGGUAUCAAACAAAUGUAAGUAUAUGUUAAUAAACUGUUAUUUUAUUUA